CCACCCUCAUAAAUCCUAUCUAGUGGUCCUUUUCCUUUUGUCAUCUAACAUCCUGCAACAACAGUUUAUAGUUAGCUAUAUCUUUCCUCUUCUUCCCUUCACCAUUUUGUUUUGCUACCAACUUCAGCCAGCAACACUGUUUACCUCCAACUUUUGUUUCCUUGUACUUCACUGUUUACAAGGUUAAUGAAUCACACCCUCACUCACUUCCUAGAAUUUUCAUUUUUCAACAACUUUUAGUCCUAGAGAAUAUAAUAAGCACAUAUUCUGUUAGUGGUGUGCUUUCACUUUUUGCUUUUAUGAGGGGUCUCAAAGGCCACUUUAUUCUGCUGCUUGAUCAGAGGUUUAACUCUGUUGAUUGAACAGGAGUGUGAUUCUCGUAAAUUCUCUUGGUACAGAGUUUGAUUCCCAUGCUGCUGCUUGAAAAUAGAAUUGAACAAAGUGGUUGUGACUAGUGACUAGUGACUAGUGACUAGUGACUGGUGAGUGUCCUUUGUUGUAAAGGCUCAUCUCCUCUCUAAUUUGGGGUACUAGUCCUACUACCAUGCCAUCCUCUCACUUCCCUCUUCGCUGGGAGAGCACUGGAGACAAAUGGUGGUAUGCAUCUCCAAUUGAUUAUGCUGCUGCAAAUGGCCUCUAUGAUCUGGUCACUGAGCUUCUCCACCUUGACACCAACCUCCUCAUCAAGCUCACUUCCCUUCGCCGAAUUCGCCGCCUUGAAACCGUGUGGGACGAUGAGUCUAAGUUUGAGGAUGUUGCCAAGUGCCGCGCCAAGGUUGCAAGGAAUCUUAUGCUCGAGUGUGAGACAGGAAGAGGGCACAACUCUCUCAUCCGUGCAGGCUAUGGUGGAUGGCUUCUCUACACGGCUGCUUCAGCCGGUGAUGUGGACUUUGUUCUUGAGUUGUUGGGGAGAGACCCUUUGUUGGUGUUUGGUGAAGGAGAGUAUGGUGUCACUGACAUGCUGUAUGCUGCAGCCAGGGGCAAGAAUUGUGAGGUCUUUAAGCUCUUGCUUCAUUCUGCCCUCUCCAGAAAGGAGUGCCUUGGUGGCUGUGAAGAAGAAUUGGAAGAGAAGUUGGAUGAAGGUGAUCGAGUUUUCAAGAAGGAUGUGGUGAAUAGGGCCAUUCAUGCUGCUGCCAGAGGAGGGAAUUGGGAAAUACUGAAGCAGCUUCUUUCUGGUGUUUCUCAGAUUUUGUCCUAUAGAGAUGCACAAGGAUGUACAGUCUUGCAUGCAGCAGCUGCAAAAGGCCAGGUUGAGGUGGUGAAAAAUCUAGUUGUAUCUUAUGAUAUCAUCAACUCAACUGAUGCUCAAGGCAAUACAGCAUUACAUGUGGCUUCUUACAGAGGUUACCUACCCGUGGUAGAGAUUCUGAUUGGAGCAUCUCCCUCAUUAACAACGUUAACCAAUCACUAUGGAGAUACUUUUCUUCACAUGGCAGUGGUUGGUUUCAGAAGCCCUGGUUUCUGUAGACUGGACAAACACACUGAGCUCAUGAAGCAAUUGACAAGUGAAAAGAUUGUGAACAUGAAGGACAUCAUCAAUGUCAGGAACCAUGAUGGAAGAACAGCUCUUCAUGUUGCUUUGAUUCAUAAUGUCCAAUGUGAUGUAGUGGAAUUAUUGAUGUCUGUUCCAUCAAUUGAUUUGAACAUUCGUGAUGCCGGUGGAAUGACCCCUUUGGAUCAUCUUAGGCAAAGAUCAAGAUCAGCAUCUUCAGAAAUUUUAAUCAAGCAGUUAAUUUCAGCCGGAGGGAUAUCUAAUUUUCAGGACUAUGUAACAAGAAAUGCCCUUGUUAAUCAUCUCAAGACUAAUGGUAUUAGAGGCAGUCCUGGAACAUCAUUUAGAAUACCGGAUGCAGAGAUUUUGUUGUACACAGGCAUUGAGAAUUCAUGUGAUGCCAAUUAUGAUAAGGCCAGUGUAGAAUCAAAUUCUUGGUCAAGUGAAAUAAACAAUUAUGACUCAGCCAAUUCUCCAUGUAACAGCAAGUCUAGUUCUGUCAAUUAUGGUGCAAGACGUUUAAUGUUUCUGCUCCGGAAAAGAGACACAAAAGAAGCAGCCUCAGAUAAUGAUUCUGUGAAUUCUUUCAGUUCAAGGAACAACAACUUGGAAGACUUUCCCAUUCCAUUGAGGCAAAGAUACUCAAAAAUGUGUUCUCUUCCAAACAACAAAAGAACACUAUCUAUAAGGACUUAUCUUCCAAGUCCAUCAGCCAAAAAAUAUUUCACUCAAGGCCUAAUGCAAGGUGUGAUUAAGGUAAAGCCACAAGUGCCUCUUCCUGUUCAUUCAACUUCUAGUUUUUUUCAAGAACUAUCUAUCUCUUCUCAUUCUUCGAAUGAUAAGCAAAAACGUGUUGAUACAAUGAGACCCUCUUGCUCCAAUCGACCUAUGGAUGAUGGUGGUACCCUACAGUUGAACUAUAAGCAGGGCUCCUUCGACAAGAAAUUGAUGAACCGAUAUUUUUCUUUUGGAGCACAUGAGCAGGUUUUGGAAGAUGCAAAUAGCUGCACAAUGUCAAAUCGCAGUCCAAAGCAUUUUAGUUCUUUAGUUGCAUAAAUGUUAAAUAGGCUUUGGAAACUUCAUGAGGAAUAUGCAACAAUAAUAAUUAAUAAUACUAAUAGUAAUAUAUGUUCGGUGUUCAACUGUA